GCCUCCUCGCUCGUUCCUAAACGGUGGUUCCUGUAACCCAAAACAAGCGCACCAUGAGCAGAUGAAACCACCCUGAGCUAGCUCGGACUGAGCGCUGCGCGGUGAGAGGAAGGACAACAAACGCAGUUUCACCGAAUUACAACGCAUGUAAUAAACAUCAAAUCAUGGCCAUGCUGGGGAGGUUGUGUGAGAUGGGACUUCUGUCUCUUCUUAUUUUAUCUCUCUUGAACCCUGAUUUCACUUGGGCUAAAAAAGGUGGUGGCAGUAGUGGCGGCAGAAGCAAGACAAGCUCAUCAAGCAAAUGGGGGACACAAUCAAAGCCUUCAAACUCUCAGCCAGGAAACUACCCCCGGCAGCCGCAGAGUCCCAAUAACCCUUAUCCUGCUGGAGGAAGCUAUCCCCACCCAGGAACCGGGAACACCAAUCCAGGUGGUUAUCCCAGGCAGAAUCCAAGUUAUCCAAACCAAAAUCCUGGAGGUUAUCCAGCUGGUGGAUACCCUGCAGGUGGAGGUUAUCCUAAUCAAAACCCAGGGAGAGGGAAUUACCCAAAUCAGAACCCGCCUGCUGGUGGAUACCCAGCAGGAGGUGGCUACCCCAACCAAAAUCCAGGCAGAGGGGGUUAUCCUAACCAAUACCCUGCUGGAGGAUAUCCUAACCAGUACCCUGCUGGAGGAAGUUACCCAAACCAGUAUCCUGCAAGGAAUUUUCCUAAUCAGUAUCCAGCUGCAGGAGGCUAUCCUAACCAAUACCCACCGAGGGGGGGUGGGAAUCCAGGUGGUUACCCAUACCAGUAUCCAGGAGGAGGUUACCCAGUCAGGACCGGGAAUACAGGACCCGGUUGGGGAGCACCUGGUGCAAAUCCAGGAGGUUAUCCUGGUGGAGGAAUUGGUGGUUACCCCAACUGGAACCCCAAUAAUAAAAUCUUGAGCCCAAGAUUUGGUGGUGGAGGUUAUGGCUACGGUGGCUAUGGCAUGGGUGGCUCCCCAUUCUCUCGCUCCGUGCAGAGCAUGGGAUAUCAGCCCAAAUCUACAGGCUUUGCCAAGAAAGCCAUGCUGGCAGCAGGUGUUGGUGCCGUGGCUGGAAUGGCAGUUGGAUAUGGGCUAGGGCGCUUCCCUCGACCCCAUUUCAACUUCCGCAACCCCGAAGAGGAAUACUACUACAACAACUACAUGUACCGCCGCUACGGUACCCAGUCAACAGAUGAAAAAGAUUAUAGACGUGAUUAUGAGUACAAGCCUCCUCCGCGGGCAGAGUCGUAUGAGAGCUUCAUGAAACGCUGCAUGAAUAGCACCGAGGCCAGCAGCUCACCUGCUCCAAAGAGCGGAGCCGAGGAGGACGACGACACCGUCAGCAUCGAGGAAAUCGGGUACCCAGCCCUAAUCGACCAGGUGAAGUCCCGGCGCUGUGUGGAGAAGUACAUGGUCUACUCUGAGCAGUUUUUGCAAGAGCGAAAGUUUGAGCAACAAACUCAGCCGAGCGGUAGCAGCCCUGCGAGCUUUGCGGUGAUGCAGCUGUUUACCUCUUGCUUUGUGCUGCUGUCCAGCAUGCUCCUACUGCAGUGAGGGAGAGGCUUUCCUUGAACAUACUUUCUAAAUGGAUUUCCUCUGCCUUCACAAUAACCGCAUGUUCAGUAAAAGCAUAAAUGCAUUUUAUCCCCUCUGUCUAAAAGCCAGCUUUUUUUCUUUCUCAUGAUAGAAACAUUUGAAGUUGCUGGAGAAUAUCAUGUCUGUGUCAAUUUACAGUUUAAAUCUGCCUGUUUAGUAAAGCAACUUUCACUUUUAAAAUGCUGUCUGGACCACUGGGUUUGUGUUGCACUAGAUUCCCAGAAAUGUUUCUGCAUUUCUUUCCUUUUGACCUCAGAAUUGUUAAUUGUUUGAUUAUUAUGCACUUUUUAUCCUAAUAAUAUGAAAUUAGAAUUCACAAGUUUAUUUAUUUUUAUUUUUUUAUAAUUUAAUGAAAAAACUUUAACCUAAUUUGUUUGGAAUACUUGAAAGAAAUGUUACGUCAAUUUGUUAAAAAAAAAAGUGACAAAAUGCAGGUUUGCCUGCAUCUCACAGAAUGUGUAAUAACUUGGUGGCCAUCUGAGAGGAAUAGAUUUUUAGAAGUCAUUUUGUUUUAAAGGACAUUAUCAAAGCACUACAAAAAAUUUUUGAAAAACGUUUUCAGAGUGUGGUAAAAAGCUCAAAGUGACGCAGAUUUUUGUCUGAUCAAGUUCCACAUGACUCCAAAAUCAAGCCAGGCCUCAAGGGAUUAAAUCUGGACUUAAAAAGAGUUACUUUGAUCAGUUAAAGAGCAGAAUACUGUCAUCUGCAAAACAGUUGAAAGUCUUAGAAUUUUCCAUACAACAUCAGUUUGGAAGCAUAAAAUAGGCAAGUCUCCUUGCCAAACAUUAAAGGUGUGAAACACUGAAAAACAUUUUUUUAAAUCUUAUUUCUGAUUAUUAUUGGUCACUGAGUUGUUCAUGCAGGCUGAACAUGAACACAGUCUCCAACACCUAUCUCCUGCUUUAGCUUCUGAUAGAAAAUAGACGGUGAAAAUGUAGGAUUAGAAAAGCCUGACAGAUCUAUGUCACACUGUCACAUAACGUUCAUGGACUCACCCAUCUUGACUCAGACAGGGAAGGCUGUUGUUGGUUUAGUGUCCAAGAAACCCCAGAGAGCGUCUCGGCUAGCAUUAGCAACUUCACCACAUGGCAGAAGCUCCUCCAGGCUUGUGUUAUUUGUGGGGAUAAAAACAUCAGCGUUGCAAGUCAGUAGUAGAGUCAUACUGCUGUUAUCCAAUUCGAGGUGAGAUGUCCAAAUAUCAGGAAACAAGACUCCAAAAUCUGCCUUCUGCUGCUUACCUCCGCUCUGGCUUACUUCUACAUGAUAAAUGAUGUUGCAAAUAUAUUGAUUAAACAAGUGCUCAACACCUUUAAUUACACGUUUCGAAAACAACUUUCCAAACAUUUAUCAUCACUCUAAGCACACAGGACAAGGGAGGAAUGGAGUCAGAAUGGACCAUGUGCUUAAUCUAAACAAAAAUGGCCUAAAAAGAAAACAUGGCUUCUUUUGCAUGUAAUAACCUCAGAUGGAGAAAACUGUUAAAACCGUUGCUGUCUUGUCUUGCUGCUGUAGGCGCUCUGUCCUUUGGUCGACUCUAAUCUUUGAUUCUUUAUUAAUUUGUGUGAUCAAAUGUGUUCAUUUCUACUCCUUCCUUCUUUCUAUAGAUAAAGGUUAAAGUUUUAUUUUUUCCUUUCUCAGAUCAUUCUGCCCUACCCUAACCCAAAUGCCAGGUUGCUGUUGUUUUUGUAAAUAUCCUGUCAUGUUUAUCACAUAUAAUUGAGAUGAUUUUUUAAUUGCAUUUCUUGGUAUGUUGUGAAAUUCUUUGUAAACGAGACCGUUUUCCAAGUAUGUAUCUGUACAGUAAAUAUUCAGGUGAUUGUAUGCAUCCUUUCCAUAUUUCCCUUGUUUUUGGGUAUAACAUUGAAUUAACCCAAUUUCACAUCCUAUUUUACACUUUACCCAGUUUUACUGGGUUGAUUUUUGCGGUUGCAGCUUAUGUGAAACUACUAUUUUGCUUUAGAGAACUCUGUAGAAUAUCUGUAAAGUGCACUUACUUCCCCCCCAGAACUGGAUAUUCUGUAACUGUGUUAUCAAGUGUAGAUGUGUGUAUCCUUCUCUUUCCAGCAACAGUUGUAAACACUAUAUUACUGAUCAACUGCUGUUACAAAGAGGAUUUGUUAUGAAUGUUUAUGUGUUAAAUAAAAUAAAUUACAAAAUA